AAAAAGAAUUAGUGUAUUGUACAGCUGGUCAUUCUUCCAAUAAUAUUAUAAUGAGCAUUAAAAUCGAUAGUGGAUAUUGUAUUAAAUUUGCUUUGAAAGAAAUAAAUGAUUCUAGACAUGAUUUAUCUGUAUUUCUUAAAGAGCUGCACGUAAGAGAAGACUUGAAAUUUUUGGUGGUAUGGGCUCUCGGUGCAUAUCCCAUAGAGCGUGAGGAUUAUGAUAUUGAGAUGGCUCUGUUUGUUCCAUUGAAUCCUGAUGAAAUUGAUCAAGAAACUCAGGCUAUUUUUGAAAAGGAUAAAUUUUUUUUGAUGACUUUAUCGAUGUCUACGCAUCUGGCAAUUCUUAAUAAGGUUGUUGAGUCUAAUAAAUGUCCUUUGAACGUGUCUUUGGUUGGAAUUCCUCAGGAAAUGCCAAAUGAAAUUAAAGAUGAUACCAUUAUCAAGACAUUGGUAACAGAUUAUUCCGGUCAAGAAAAUAAUUUUAUUAUAAAUGUAGUUUUUUCGAGUCGUAAUUCGCGUCUUACGCACUUAAAGGAUAUUAUUUGUCCUCAGGAGUCAUUAAUUUUCGUGGUUGGACAGAUGGAGAUAAUUGACAACGAAUUUUACGUAUAUGCUAAAGAUGUUAAUUCUUCGAUGUCUAGAAAUUUGACUAGAGCUAAGCUUUUGGUUACUCAUAAAAAUAUCGUUAGUAAUUUAAAAGAUAAAUCAGAAAAUGAAAUUUCAGUUGACAGUGAAUCAAGUAUUAAGAAGAAUGACAUAUCAAUUGGUCAUGAUCGUGAGGAGACUGAGGAACCACCUGUAAAGAGUAAUAGAGGUAGGAGGAGAGUUUCACGUACUAAAG